UUAAUAAAAAUGUUCAAUAUACUAUUCUUUGUCGUGUGUUUAGUGGGGUGUGUUACAUGCCAUACAAUGAAAGAAGACUUGGAAAUUGAACGAGAGUUAAAGAGGAUUAAUAAAGUUCCCUUAAAGAGUAUCCAUACAAAAUUUGGGGAUAUUGUUGAUUGCAUUGAUAUUUAUAAGCAACCAGCUUUUGAUGAUCCUUUACUCAAGAAUCAUAAAUUGCAGAAAAGACCCCGCUUUAAACUUAGAACUAAAGAAAAAAGUGAAAAGACUUCAUCAAUUAAGGCUGUAUUUGGGCUUCAAGAAGACAAGUGUCCAACUGGAACUGUUCCGAUUAAGAGAGCAACUAAAAAUGAUUUAAUUGGAGGAAAAUCAUAUUUUAAUAAUGGUGUGUUUGAAAAUACUCACGGUAACCAUUAUGCAGAAGUCAUAUCAAAACCUGGAAUUUAUGAAUCGUAUAAUGGAGUUUCUGGAACAAGUCGUGUUUAUAAUGUUAAUAUUAAAAACAAUCAAACAAGUUCUUCUGUGAUGUAUGUUCGAAGUGGGCCUGACGGCACAAGUUAUAUCGGCAUGGGAUGGCAUGUGGCUCCACAAUUAUACAAUGAUGAUGCAACUCAUUUUUAUGCCGUAUGGACGACUGAUAAUUUCAAGACAAGCGGGUGCUAUAAUUUACAAUGUUUUGGAUUUAUUCAAACUAGCCAAAACAACUAUUUUGGUGGAAGAAUUGAUAAUACAUCUAUAUAUGGUGGACAGAUGAUUGAAAUGAAAAUAUCUAUUGCUCAGGAUCCUCAAACAUAUAAUUGGUUGCUAAUUUUUGAAAAUGAGUUGCUUGGAUAUUUUCCCACAACAUUAUUCUCCAACUUGAACUAUGCCACUCAAGUAGGAUGGGGUGGUAGAACAUCAUCUCUUGAGGGUGAUUCUAAUCCGCCAAUGGGUUCUGGAUAUUAUCCUGAUCGCAUAUAUACACAUGCAAGUUAUUUUCGAUAUGUUACAUAUCAAGUUAAUAACUCCACAACAGACAUUGAACCCAAACAAAAUGAGAUAGAAGAAGUCUGUGAUAAACCUAAGUGUUAUUCUGUUAAAUAUUAUGGAACAUAUGAUAGUGAAGUUGGAUAUUCUCUUCAAUUCGGAGGACCAGGGGGUAAUUGUGAUGAUUAA